UCGGGCAGGAAUGUGGUCAAGAUACAGUGUAGUGUAUGUAUGUACAUGUGUAUGUCAAAGAAUUAAAUACAAAUAUUAGAAACAAAAACAGAAAAAUCCAUGGUGACCCCAUUCUCUGCAGAAGGGUCUGGACACACGGCUUCCACCAUCAGUGCCGUGUCCAGGGACGCACGGCACACAUCCCCUCCUGUUCUUCUAGCUCCUUCCAUCUCCAGGGACCCUCGCCAUGGCCAAGGGGGGCUGUGGAGGAGAUACCACCCCCCACAAUCCAGUGUUUCCCGCCAGGCUUUGCUUUCGGUUUCAUCUACCGGUCAGACAUGUGGCUCGGGGACUCAGGUAUAAUAAGGAAGUUGUCAACUGAAACUGUGCUUGUUUCUCCUCCUCGCUCCCGGUAGCUGAACCAAGCUUCCUAUCUCCGGCACUGCCCAGAGGAGCGGGAAGCAGCCUGGGCGGGCAGCGACAGGUGGAGCAGUUGGGCCAGCCCUGCCCUCUGGUUGGCUACCUGUGAGCUCAGCUCUGGGAAGCAAUGACAUAUAUAACCCAGAGUUCUGAGCCCCUCUGAACAUUUCCAGCCGCCUCUAGCAGCUGCUUCUUCUCCCUGGAGACAUCAGACCCAAGCCUCAAAGGACUUCUACUUAACAGGGGGCAAUGCCCCGCUCCAGGAAUCCCAGCCUGGGGAAGUCCCGGGACAGUGGCGACUUCCGUGGUUUGAGCCCAGUGGAGACCCGGAGGGGCCCGAAGAAGCCUCCCACAGACAAGAGAACCCAAUCCUUGGACCGGCAGGUUCUCAAGGACUCUGAGUCCGCGAACUCCAAGUACUCCUCUGGGCCCACCCACAGGAAGGUGCUUCGCAGGACAGCGAGCGAUGAGACCAGAGGUUCUGGGAGCCCCUAUCACGUUGCAGAGGCCCAGGAAGCUGUGGUCGCAGCGCCCCCUCUAGGAGAAGGGAGCGAAUUUCUCCCCUGUGAGCAGGGGCCCCUAGAAGGCACUAAGAAAGAGAGGCCCCCAAAGCAAGCCCAGCAGAGCUGGGUUAGCAUGUUCCUGAAUAUCUUAUUCCUGAGGUUUGAUCUAGAGGAGCCCAGAGAAAAGGCCAGCAAGAAAUCAAAGGGGAAAGGAGAGACCAAGCUCCCAGAGGCAACGGAGGAGCCAGCCGUCAGGAAGAAAUCCCAGGAGAAGAGGACCAGCCGCAAGAAAUCCACUCACAAGAAGCCUGCUCCUGAAGAGCCUACAGGGCCCCAGAACUCAGAGGCAGAAGGCCACGAGAACUUACUGCCCAGCAUAGCUGCCUCCCACGCCGCCGAGGAGGCUAACCUGGGGCUGAUCUGCAGGGGUGAACCAGAGUCUGAGAUCCCCCAGGUCUUGCCCACCGAGGGAGGCCAUGCUGAAUCCUCAGAGAGCUCUGCCCAAGCCGCAGGUCCCCCAUCAGAAGAGGACCCUCAGCAGCCGGACCAGGAGGAACUCAUCUGGAAGAUCGUGGAGUUGCUCAAGAGAGCAGGGGACCGUCUGGAGGAAGAGCAAGCGCAAGUCCCUCAGCCGGAAGCGGCUCCACAAAAGCCAACACCGCCCCCCAGGAAGAAAUCCCAGGAAAAAAAGUCCACCCUGAAGAAAGCCUUGUCCCUCAAGAAGCCUGCCUCCGAGGAACCCAAGAGAGUGGCUGUAGCCACUGCCCUUGGCCCAGAAACCCGACCCAAGAGGCCCAGCUUCCUACCCCUGUGUCUUAGUGGCCAGCGACUUUCCGCCUCCAGCAACCUUGACUCAGAGGAGCCUGGAUUCUACGAGGUCCAGUCUCUAGACCUCGGAUGCUCACAUCCCCCUGAGUACCACACCCCAGCUGUGUGUCAAGGACCAGCAGAAAGGUCACCGAGGGACAGAGCCUAUGAAUCCAGAGAAUUCAGGCGGAAGAUCCUGGUCCUAUUUAAAAACGCAGAGGAACAGAAGGGAGAGCAGCAAGUUCAAGUCCAGGAGGCAGAGGAGGCUGGAGAAAACUCCACUCCCAAGGUGAAGUCACACAGGAAGAAGUCAAAUCUCCGGCGGGCCUUUUCCCUCAAGAAACAUGGCUCCAAGGAUUCCAAGAGAGCAGAGGCUUCGGGGACUCCUGGUGCUGCCAGCCCGGAGGCCCGGCCACCCAAGAAGCACGGCUUUCUGCCCACGUGUGUCAGUGGCCACAGAGCUUCCAUCUCCGGGGACCCAGAAGACCUGGAGUUCCAGAAGCUGGAGGCUGCAGGAGGGGAACCAGCCGGGUCCCCAGAAGCUCCUUUCCGGUCUAGAAGAGUCACACCAGAUGAGCAGCCUCUACCUGUACCAGAGGGAGCCUCGGAAUCUAAGGAGUCCAUCAUCCAGAAGUUGGUGGAAGGUCUCCAAGAGGUGGACGACGAGCUAGGAAGGCAGAUCCGGCAGUACCCCAGCUUCAGGGACUUUUUCAAUCAGUUCUCAGAAGCCUCCCUCAGGAAGCUGGUGGCCACCUUAGAGAGACAGAAGGCCUACCUCUCAGAGGAAGACGGGAGCCUCGUCAACAGACCCCCACCGUGCGCCUUUGGCUCACUGAACAAGUUUGCUGCCAAUCACAGCUGUGCCAUCUGCACCCUCAUGCAAUCCAGAGGCCAAUACCAGGGCCACAGUUAUGCCCACUUCCUGUCCAGGAAGGCCCAGCAGAACAUCAUGAGUCUGGAUGGUCAGAGUCCAGACUGAAGGCCGCAUCUCAUACCCAAGUUCUUCCAGACUAGCCAGAGUCAGCAGCUUUGGCUAGAGACCCCGAGGACACUGCAAUAUGGCCCGGUUCUGUGCUUCCCCAACACACCUGGAGAAGAGCGUGGACAACGGCUCUCUGUGCAGUCACACCUCUGCAAUACACCAUCAUGAAGGAGGCUGACUGCUGGGCGGCGGUGGCGCACGCCUUUAAUCCCAGCUCUCGGGAGGCAGAGGCAGGUGGAUCUCUGAGUUCGAGGCCAGCCUGGUCUAUAGAGCAAGUUCCAGGACAGGCUCCAAAGCUACAGAGAAACCCUGUCUCGAAAACAAACAAAAAACAAAACAAUGAAGGAGGCUGACUGCCACCUGCUAGAUCCUGCCAGAUCCAGCUUGCAAUGAGUCUUAGCUGGGGCAUGUGUGCAUUGUCUGUGUGUGUGUGUCUAUCUGUCUGCCUACAUGUCUCUAUGUCUCCGUGUGUCUAUUUGUCUGUCUGUCUGUGUGUAUCUGCCUGCCUGUCUGUAUGUUUCUGUAUAUGUGUCUGUCUGUCUGUCUGCCUGUCUCUGUGUGUGUCUGCCUGAAUGUCUGUAUGUUUCUCUGUGUGUGUGUGUCUGUCUGCCUGUCUGUCUGUGUGGGACAAAGCUCAGGUGGAGAGGUUUUUUACUGGUGGAAAGUGAAUGGGAAAAGGGGGAGAUGAGAGGGGCCUCUGGGUACAGAAGAGGCAGAAGA